AUGGCUCCCGCUAUCGUAUCCGACAUUGAGCUCCCGGCCCAUGUGCCUGAGACUAGAGAAACACCCGCUUCCAAAGCAUCAACGUUCAAGCUCUUUUCCCUCGAGAACAAGACCGUCGCCAUCACAGGCGGAGCUCGCGGUCUGGGUAUAACACUUGCCAUUGCUGUUGUCGAAGCCGGCGGCAGUGUAGCUUGCCUCGAUAUUCUCGAGGAGCCAUCACCAGCUGAGUGGGCACAGCUUAACAAGAUCGCCACCGCUAACAAGGCUUAUGUCUCAUACCGAAAAUGCGACGUCACAGAAGAGCAGUCCGUCGAGACAGCGAUGAAGGAGAUCGCUGCUGAGGCUGACCAGUCUGGAGCGCCUUUCUGGGGCACAAUUGCUUGUGCCGGCAUUCAGCAACAGAUUGCGGCGCUGGAUUAUCCAGCUGCCGACUUUGAUCGUAUCCUACGAGUCAAUGUAACUGGUGUCUUCAAUACUUGCAAGUACGCAGCACGCGUUCUGCGAGAGAAGAACAGCCCCGGAAGCAUCGUCAUCAUUGGAAGCAUGUCAGGCAACAUUGCAAACCGAGGUCUCUCCUGCACAGCUUAUAACUCCAGCAAGGCAGCUGUUCAACAAAUGUGCCGAUCGGUCGCUCAGGAAUGGGGUCAAUACGGCAUCCGAGUCAACACCUUGUCUCCCGGAUACAUCAGAACCGCUAUGACGGAUCAAUUGCUUCAAGAGAACCCCGAGGUUGAGAAGACAUGGAUGGCGGGUGCUUUGCUGGGCCGCCUGGGGGCUCCCGAAGACUUCAAGGCCCCUGCGGUAUUCCUACUGUCCGAGGGUGCUUCAUUUGUUCAUGGAACAGACUUGAGGGUCGAUGGAGGACAUUGCGCAUCAGCAUGA